GCCGAGUACAUAAAGUAAUUAUCGACACCCUCUGCCACGAGGGAACGAAGAUGCCAUCUCGUCCACAUCUCGCCCGACGCUCCUGUCUUUUCUCCCAGGUCUGAGUCCUGCCUCAGGCUGCCUGCAUCACAGCCGGAACGCUCCCUCUUCCCCUUCGUCGACCUCUCGCGGUGCGCGCACCGCACCGCCCGCCAGCCGGCCUUUACAUUCCUUUCUACCACACUCCUUUCAUCGGGUUUCGGCCGUGACGACGUCACGGCGCCAUGCACGCGCGCACUCGCAAGACGAGAAGACGACACAGUGCGCAGACGCGAGCUCUGCACGAACGCGACCCGCCCCUCAUCAACCUACCCAUUCCCUUGCCCGUCCCCAUUCCAUCCAUUCCCAUCCUUGGACCGCUGCUCUCCCCUCUGAUUGGCGGCUUGCCAUGGCCCACGCCGACCUCUUCCACGGUGCAAACCACGUCCCCGCCAGCUGCAGAGCCCACCACUACCACACCUCUCGUACCCACGGUAAUAUCUACACCCCCGCCUCAGCCAACGAGCACUGCCGACGCGCCAAGCCCGACAGGCUCCGGCGGAGAUGAUACGGGGAGCAGCGGGCCGUCCCCAGACAGUGUUUCUGGUGGUGGUGGGGCCUCCAGCGAUGGCGACGGGUCGGGCAGCAGCAGCGGAUCCACUGGGACGAGCGGGGAUGGCUCUGGCUCUGGCAGCAGCAGCAGCGUCGGAGGGUCGGAUGGCUCUGGGGACUCCGCUCCCGCGAACAGCGGCGACGGGACAGGCAGCGGAGACAUCAGUGGCAACGGGGGAUCGACGUCGAGUGUUUCAGCCGGGGCAGAUCCUGUCGCCGGAUCAUCCCAAUCAAGUGCCCCCGCCCAAGGCGCUGGCACGACUUCCUCCUCGCUCUCAGGACCAUCGGGGUCGUCUGCACAAGCAUCUGGUAACGCGCAGGGAUCAUCCGCAAACGCGUCUGCAGCCAUGUCUGGGGGCUUAGCAGCUGGCCUUGGGGUUACGACAACCGCGGUUCCCAUGGCCGUAGCGAACGCGUUUAGCGGGUCGACCGAUUCAGCGUACACCUAUGCGUUUGUAGCUACCUCCAGUACCGGAGUAGCUGAUGCCGCUGCAACCGCAGCAGGCACAACAGUCGGCGGUUCAACUUCUAAAGGCUCGGGUUCCUCAGGCUCGGGCUCGUCAAACCCUGACGGCAACGGGUCCUCGUCAUCCAGCUCAACGCCAGCUUCCACCCACCAUGGAUUAUCCAGCGGCGCUAUUGCAGCCAUCGUCGUGGUCCUAGUCCUGCUCUUCUUCCUCCUCGUCAUCGUGCUAUUGCGUCGACGCUCAGUCACCCAACGCGUUCGGAGGCGGAGGAACUGGCUCGUUGGCGGGCAAAACCCCCACAGCGGCAUCAGCAGCUCCCGCUACUUCAGCGACCAUCCCAAUGGCAGCACGACUCACAUGUCCCAACACAGCAGCUUCGGCCCCGCCACGUCACACGCGCCCUGGGAAACGUUCAACGAACCCGUCGCCGCAACCGCGGAGGGGAGCGCGCCAUCUUCGCGCGUCGAGCUCUCCGUCCCGCCCGUCGGCCGGCAGAUGACGGGGCUCACGGAGCCCGUCUGGACGAGCCACCUCAACGGCUCCAUAGUGUUCGCGCCCUCGGUCGCCUCGGUCGCCGCGUCCGACCCCCUGCCCACCAUCCGCAGCCCCGAGCGCACGAGCUGGGGCAGCCACCACUCGUACGCGCACGAGAGCUCCGGCGAGGGCGACGACGCCGGGUGGGUGUCCUGCCCCGAGAGCGCCGCGGUCAGCACGCGCAGCCACGGCCUCCCCAGCUCCAUGACCGUCCGCCCGUUCAGCCCCUCUGAGGCGUGGCAGUUCCCCAAGCCGCCCGGCUCCCGCGCGGACGCGGACGACGCGCCGCUCCUCCCGGACGACCGCCGCCGGAGCCGCGUCGUCAGCCCCGAGAGCAUGUUCGAGUCGGGCGUGUCCUCCGAGUACGCGACCGCGCCCGAGAACCCGUUCGCGGACCACGCCGCGGAGGCGCGCACCGUGGACGUCGACGCGCGCACGUCCGAGUCCGUCGACGCGGAGACGGCGAUGCACUUCGCGCGCGUCGAGACGAUCCGCAGGCCGUUCGUGCCCGCGAUGGAGGACGAGAUGGGCGUCGUGCCCGGGGAGUGCGUGCGCAUGCUGCGGCGGUUCAACGACGGGUGGGCGUACGCGGAGAAGGUGGGCACGCGCCGGAAGGGGAUCAUCCCCAUCGACUGCUUGCGCACGCCUGGGGAGGACCUGCCCGCGUUCCUUGCGGCGAAACGCCUGAGCAGCUACCGGCCGACUAGCGUGCACACAAAAUCGGAGGAUACUGGAGGGUCGAAUGCCGGAGUGGCCAUAUAGAGUGCGAACCAC